UCCUCCGCCUCCCCCAACUCCGAUUCGAAAUACUCCUCCUCCUCCCCCCCAGCUAGGGUUUUGCUGCCUCCCUCCCGUGCCGCCGCCUCUCAACCGCGUCCCCCCCAUGGCGCUGCCGAACCAGAACACCGUCGAUUACCCCAGCUUCAAGCUCGUCAUCGUCGGCGACGGAGGGACUGGCAAAACCACUUUUGUGAAGAGGCAUCUCACUGGAGAGUUUGAGAAGAAAUAUGAACCCACCAUUGGUGUUGAAGUUCACCCAUUGGAUUUCACCACUAACUGUGGAAAGAUCCGAUUCUACUGCUGGGACACUGCUGGGCAAGAGAAGUUUGGUGGACUUAGGGAUGGAUACUAUAUCCAUGGUCAGUGUGCGAUAAUCAUGUUUGAUGUCACUUCAAGGCUGACCUACAAGAAUGUUCCUACAUGGCACAGGGACUUGUGCAGGGUGUGUGAGAACAUUCCCAUUGUCCUGUGCGGGAACAAGGUUGAUGUGAAGAACAGGCAGGUUAAGGCCAAGCAGGUGACAUUCCACAGGAAGAAGAACCUGCAGUAUUAUGAGAUCUCUGCCAAGAGCAACUACAACUUUGAGAAGCCAUUCCUUUAUCUUGCAAGGAAGCUGGCUGGUGAUCCCAACAUUCACUUCGUUGAAGCUGUGGCUCUUAAGCCCCCGGAAGUGACAUUCGACUUGGCCAUGCAGCAACAGCAUGAGGCUGAGCUUGCGGCUGCAGCGGCGCAGCCACUGCCAGAUGACGAUGACGAUCUGAUCGAGUAGAGAGAGGAUCACGAGUCUUGUCUUAUCAAUCAAUACUUUGAGAGCCGGAGACUUGUGCGAGUCUGGUUUUUAGGUUGAAGGCUUGAUUUGGAGUGGUCAAGCCGGAUGUUUUUCCUGUCUGCCUUGCCUUGUCUGGUGGGCUGCAAACUGUUUGUGUGAACAUUGAUCUACAUCAUGUUGUUUGCCAUGGAUUUGUUGUUGGCCACCUUGAUGGUUCAUCAGUAUUAUUAUGCCUUGCUGGCUCACUGUGUGGAUCAUAUAUCUAUCUUUUACAUCUGCAGUUUGUUA